UGUUUUGGAGCAGGAAGUGAAAGGGGAAGAGAGAAGCUGUGGUAGCAGGCAGCAGCAGCAGCAGGCAAGACUUCACACUAAGUGACAAAUCGACCUUCCAGUGGCAGAUAACCCGCCUCGUCGAGUCACCACACGGUUCGUCAGUGUUCGCGCGAAGGAAGAGUCAUUUUUUUUUAUAAGAAUUUGACACGAGGCACUGUCAAGUAAACGCAGGCUAACGAGCGAGCCGUCGAGCUAGCUCCCUAACGUAACGUCUAGUUAGCCCCCGACGCUAACUGCCCUGAGCAAUCACAGCUCGUCUGCCCGCAGCCUGGUCCGCGACCGUCGGCACGUCUCCGCUCCGCAGAGCCGCAAACUGAGACUUUGGAAAAAUGACAUCCAGGAAGAAAGUGCUCUUGAAAGUCAUCAUCCUGGGAGAUUCUGGUGUUGGAAAAACCUCCCUGAUGAACCAGUAUGUGAACAAGAAGUUCAGCAACCAGUACAAAGCGACGAUAGGAGCAGACUUCCUCACGAAGGAAGUGAUGGUGGAUGACCGACUCGUUACAAUGCAGAUUUGGGACACCGCUGGCCAGGAGAGGUUCCAGUCCUUGGGUGUUGCGUUCUACCGUGGAGCAGACUGCUGUGUGCUGGUGUUUGAUGUGACCGCACCAAACACUUUCAAGACACUUGACAGCUGGAGGGAUGAGUUCCUGAUCCAGGCCAGCCCCCGAGAUCCUGAGAACUUCCCCUUUGUGGUGCUAGGCAACAAGAUCGACUUGGAGAAUAGACAGGUAACCACCAAAAGGGCCCAGGCUUGGUGUCAGAGUAAGAACAACAUUCCCUACUUUGAGACCAGUGCCAAAGAAGCCAUUAACGUAGAACAGGCAUUCCAGACUAUUGCACGUAACGCCCUCAAACAGGAGACAGAGGUGGAGUUGUAUAAUGAAUUCCCUGAGCCCAUCAAACUGGAUAGGAACGACAGAGCUAAACCUUCAGCAGAAAGCUGCAGCUGCUGAAGGACAACUUGGACCAUCUUCUCUCUCUUGGCUUUCUGAACCACCCCGUCACCGGUUACAUCACCUGCACCUUGCUCCGAGGGAAAGAACUUCCCUGCUGGUCUUCCUCCUUCACACCACUAUUCAUUCUGUCAAAACAUCCCCUCACGACGUACGCUGCACAUGGAUGUACCCCACGCUCAUCCCCACUUAGUACACAAAUUAAUACACUAGCGUACUCUCGUAAAAUACGCAGUCAAAUCUAGUGCCCAAAGAUCACACACGAGAAAGAAUGACACACCCUCUGACCUCGCGGUCCCUGACUCGAUUGUGAGUGAUCUCCUGUCCUGCCUGCCCACCUGUCUGACUGUGGCCCCCGAUUCUCACACAGAGGGGCCAGAUGGAGCCAUGUUCACAGAUUGAUCUCUGGAUGGAUCGACUGACGCUCUGUAAUGUGAGAAGAUGUUGGCUAAUGUCAGCAUUCCAAAUUUUCUUAUUCUCACUUUCUGUUUUCUCUUUGCUUAUUGUUGCCUAUCUUUCAAAAAAUGAUAUAGUGUGUGUGUAUAUAUAUAUAUUUUUUUUUUCCUCAGUUGGCUAUUGUUAUUUCUCAAACUUUUUUUUUGCACUUUCUUUUCUUGUUUUUGUCUUUUUAAAUGUUAUAACGGGAUGUCUGAUUUUGGGCAACAUCUGCUACAACACAGCUUUUGGUAAAAUUCAGCGAAUGAUCUUUUACGCUAAUUUUCCUUGACAAAUAUACCCUGAGGAUUUUUCAUACAGUUUGGUGAUUGUAUUACCUUCUCCCUUCAAGGUUGUGUGUAGAUGGGUUGAUAACUGCCUCAGGGUGCAGAUGAAAUGCUCCUUAAAAUACAUCAAGUAACAGCUGUUGAUGCAGUCACAGUGUAAAACAUGGAAUCAUUCUUAAUAUAUUAAUAUUUGCCUUUUAUGUAACAUUACUUGUACUGCUACUAUUACUGCUGUAUGUAUUACGUCCUUCAUCAGACAUCUUUCAAUGCUAUGGAAUUACAGUGCGUGUCACCAACACAGCAUACAUCUGCCUUCUGUCAUGUCUUUGUUCUUGCUGUUCCCUCUAUCUGCUUGUAGCUCAGGUUGGCUAAGUACUUAAUAUUUUAAUGGAUUGUGUAUUACGAUGUAUAGACAAUAAAGGUAAAAGGCUGAUGGAUUGAACAGAAAUCAACGUUCUCUUUCCAUUUAAAGAAAAGAUCCAACUUUUUGCCCUGAUAUUACUCCUCCUUAUUGAAGAAAAUCACUGCGAUGCCAAUGAUGUUGUCAAACAAAUUGGGAUGUCAAAUAAUAAAACUCUUGAAUAUA